CCCAGCAUGCAUUUCGGCACAACAACAUGGUUGCGCACAUCAUCACUUGAUAAGGGUUGAGUGUUUUAUUAAAGCGUUUUGCAGCGAUGCUGAGUUUUUUCUUAUAUAUCUUACCUUUCGUGAGUUGCGUGUCUGCCUUGGACACCACAGUGUCCCAGCAUGCCCACAGUCCCACUGAGAGCUGCGUCAUGUGGAUAUGGCACAACAGGUUGUACUUGUAUGCAGCUGCAGCUCUCGUCUUUGGGAUCUGGUUCUCCGUGAAGACCGUACUGAGGAAGAAAAGCUUCUCCAAAGACGUCGGCUCAUUGGUCCUCAAAGCGGUGAAGAAGGACGACUGCUCGAGCAGAGACGCCGUGGUUCAUGUGGCCGCUGUUAAAAUCUUCUACGGCUCACAAACUGGAACAGCAAAGGGCUUUGCAAAGGAGCUGUCAGAAGAGGUGGAGACUUUGGGAAUACCGGCGGAGGUGAUUGACAUGAAAGACUACGAUCCAGACGAUCAUCUUGCAGAGGAGUGCUCCAACAAGUCGGUCUGUGUGUUCCUCGUGGCGACCUACACCGACGGCCGGCCCACAGAGAACGCCGAGUGGUUCUGUAAGUGGCUGGAGGAGGCGUCCACCGACUUCAGAUACGGAAAGACGUUCCUCAAAGGCCUCAGAUAUGCAGUGUUUGGUCUCGGGGACUCCGUCUAUAGUGGUCACUACAACACGGUGGGUAAAAACGUGGACAAGUGGCUGUGGAUGCUGAGCGGCGUAAGGAUCAUGACCCGGGCAGAGGGCGACUGCAAUGUGGUCAAGAGCCGUAAUGGCAGCAUCCAGGCCGACUUCCUGGCUUGGAAGAUCAAGUUCCUGAACCGCCUGCAGGCUCUGGCCAAAGGCGAGAAGAAGAGCUGCAGGGGGAAGUGUAAGACCGGAGGCUCCUGCAAGAGCAAGAAGAAAGAGGAAGAGCAGCAGCAGGAAGAGGAAGAGGAGGAGGAGGAGGAGGAGGAGGAGCUUAACAGAUCUGAGGAGGAUCUGAUGGAGUCGAGCAGUGAUGAGGAGGAGUCUGGCGAGCGAAAAGAGAAAAGGUCAGGCUCCGUGGUCGACAUGGAGGACCUGGGCAACAUCAUGAGCAGCGCCAAGAAAGCAAAGAGCAAAGCUGAAGGUGGAGGAGACGGCCCGAUGGUGAAGCUGUCCAAGUUGAACGGAGUGAAGAAGGUUGUAGAUGAAGAGGAGAGAAGAGAGAUGAUCACGCCCGCUCUCAGAGACGCACUGACAAAACAAGGGUACAAACUCAUCGGAAGUCACUCAGGAGUGAAGCUCUGUCGAUGGACCAAGUCUAUGCUGCGAGGGAGAGGAGGCUGCUACAAACACACUUUCUAUGGUAUCGAGUCUCAUCGCUGCAUGGAGACCACCCCCAGCCUCGCCUGUGCUAACAAGUGUGUCUUCUGUUGGAGACAUCACACCAACCCUGUGGGCACCGAGUGGCGCUGGAAGAUGGACCCUGCUGAGACCAUCCUACAGGACGCAGUGGACAAGCACCAGGGCAUGAUUCGACAGUUCAGAGGUGUCCCAGGGGUGAAGCCUGAGCGGUAUGAGGAGGGUUUGAAAGUCAAGCACUGCGCCCUCUCCCUGGUGGGUGAGCCAAUCAUGUAUCCUGAAAUCAACACCUUCAUCCGCCUCCUCCACUCCCACAACAUCUCCAGUUUCCUGGUCACCAACGCACAGUUCCCACAGGAAAUCAGGACUCUGGUGCCGGUCACUCAGCUGUAUGUCAGCGUGGAUGCGAGCACUAAAGACAGCCUGAAGAAGAUCGACCGUCCACUGUUCAAAGACUUCUGGCCUCGCUUCCUGGACAGCCUCCGGGCGCUGGGGGAGAAGAGGCAGAGGACGGUGUACAGACUGACGCUGGUCAAAGCCUGGAACGUGGAGGAGAUGCAGGCGUACUCCGAGCUCAUCGCUUUGGGCCAGCCAGACUUUGUGGAGGUCAAGGGAGUGACAUACUGUGGAGAAAGCUCUGCCAGCACUCUGACCAUGGCUAACGUCCCCUGGCAUCAGGAAGUGGUCGCCUUCGUCCAGCAGCUGGCCGACAUGUUGCCUCAGUAUGAGAUCGCCUGCGAACACGAGCACUCCAACUGUUUGCUCAUCGCACACACAAAGUUCAAGGUGGACGGCGAGUGGUGGACGUGGAUUGACUACGAGCGCUUCCAGGAGCUGGUCCGGGUCCACGAGGAGAGUGAAGGGCAGGAGAGCUUCUCUGCGUUGGACUACAUGGCUGAGACUCCCAGCUGGGCUCUUUUUGGAGCCCGUGAGCAAGGUUUUGACCCCGCGGACACACGCUUUCAACGACGCAACAAAACCAAAGACAUCUCAGGAUGCUGAUAGACGAGAGAGAGAGAUGAGAGGAGGUAGGAUGAACUGAGUGAUCUCUAUAGCAGACAUACAUGUAAGGGAAUUAGGGGUUACGUUGUUUUAUUAUUUUGAUGAUUUUCAAAUCUACUGUCCACAGCCGCCCUCUUUUCUCAUCUGAACGCUGCCCCGCUCUUUUUUUUUCUUUCUCUCUAAAAUCAGACUUUUUAUUGGCUUGACCCCUGAGAUCGUCCGAAACCAGAAUCACUUCCUUCACUUUAAUAUAUCGAGACAUUCCCCCCCUAACAUCGACUUUAAGUGUUCUUUUACUUCCUAAUCUAAACGCACAUAAUUUUUUUUUUUAAUUUCUGUUUUGCUUUUUGUUUUUAAUGAGGUUAUUAUUCUGAAUGUCUUUGUCUUUGAUCUUUUCUACCAUCUGUCAGCACUUGGGGAGGUUAACACUGAAAUGGUCUGACCUGGCUGUGAUGUCAUCUCCAGCCUCGUUUCGGAUGUUUUUUUUAUAAUCCAUUGCACAGUUCAGGGCAUGGUCAGCCUGGAAGAAUACACUUCUUUUAUCCAGACACCUCUGCUCUUCCUCCCACAUUAAGACAACAGGUGUGUUAACAUGUGGAGAGAGAGAGAGAGAGAGAGAAGAGCAUCGAGGCUGCGUCUCCACUCGGGAGGAUCAAGCUUCUUGUUGCUCUCUUUGUUUGAGUUUGUUCAGUCCAAAGUCCGUCUGAAUGGUAGAAAACACCUUCAUAUACAACUCUUUACAAUGACAAACUUCAACUUCAGAAAUACUUGACAUGUUUGAGUGACCUGAUACUGAAGGCAUAGUCUCUGGGGAAAGAGAACGCAUCAGUAGUGCUGAUUUAAUACAAUAAGUUAACAAACUUAAACUCAUAAAUCAAUUUUGUGCACUGCAGUUAAAUUGCAGUUUGCAUCUGUGUAAAAAAAAAAAAAAAAAAAAAAGUGCAAUCCCCGUUCUCAGACUAUAUCUGGUCUGAAACCACUUUGUUAAUCCUCCUCACUGCUCUUAAUGAAAUAAAGAAAAAGACUUGCACAAACUGCUGAUGUCCAUCACUGAGAGUAUGAACCCAAAUGCACAAAUUCAGCCUUCACUCAGGAUGGAAGGACCGGACUGAGGACUAUGAAGAGACACAGCAUGGGGGGGGGGGGGGGGGGGGGGGGGGGGUGUAGUUUCAUAUCAGUCGAGCCCGAGUCAGCCUCUUUGAGCAUGGCAGCAUGAAGCCUAAGUUACUGAUUGUUUUUUUUAUGACGCUGUGAUUUUAAGUUCUUUGAUUUGUAAAUUCUGAUGUAAAUGUUUACGUCCGUUUUGAUUGGUUCUGUGAGGUCUCCCUGCUGGAAGAAACCGAAUGUGUUUAAAUACGUCAACAGAAUAAAUGUAUUUGGGAUAUUCA